AUGAUAAUUAUCACCACAGCUCUAUUUGUGACUUUCAUGUCACAAUCCUGUCAGAGUAAGACUCCCCGGCAGUUCACUGGGGAUUUGUACUUGAAUAAGAACGGAGCCUUACCGAAUCAUGUGAUUGAGUGGAAGACUGUAUCUUCUCCUGUGAUCUGUGGGCGAGGCUGCUCUAUGGAUCCACAGUGUGCAUCAUUCAACUAUCACAUCACUAGAGGUAUUUGCGAGUUGAAUAAUGCUAGCAGAGCUCACAGCCCUAAUGAAUUUGUUGAGAUUCAAGGGAGUGCCUACUAUGAUGACAACUUGGACAUUUUGUCAUUUGCACUACCAACCAUUACAAGUAACAGUAGUUGCCUGGAGUUGUAUCAAGCUGGUUAUCGCACCAAUGGUUUAUACACCAUCUUUCCUACAAGUCUGACUGAUGGGUUACAAGUCUACUGUGAUAUGGAGACAGAAGGAGGAGGCUUGAUUGUUUUCCAGAGGAGACAAUAUGGCGUUGUUGACUUUUAUCGUACCUGGGCUGAAUACCAAUCUGGGUUUGGUGAUCUGCAGAAUGAGUUCUGGUUGGGGAAUGAUAUCCUGCGUGACCUUACCGGGUCAGGUCAAUGGCAACUCAGAGUAGAUAUGGAAGAUUGGGAGUCCAGAACGAAAUGGGCUUCUUAUGGUGAGUUUGCUGUUACAGGUGACAAUUACACUCUUCAUGUUAGUUUAUACGAUGCUCAGAGUACAGCAGGUGAUGCAAUGAACUAUCACAAUGGUUAUCCAUUCACAACGAAGGAUCAGGACAAUGAUGAAGCAUCAGAUACUGAUGGUACAACAGGCAGUUGUGCAGUCACAUUUGAAGCUGCUUGGUGGUUUAAAAACUGUCAUAUCGCUAGUCUGAAUGGUGGCUACCAACAACAGGGAAAUGUGAAUUUCGGAGUCGGGUUACAAUGGGAACCCUGGAAAGGUUGGAAUUAUUCUCUGAAGAAACGCACCAUGAAAGUACGGCCAAUCGUUUAA